GAACACUGGAACAUAACACUAGAAUUGGUUGAGUGUUGAAAAGACGAACACUGUAUUUCAAUGGUUAUUGCCGUUAAAUAUAUGCAACGUGAAACUUGAUAUUUACAAAAUGUUGAACUGGAUUCUUAAUUUGUGUAAUUGGGUGUACUCGGACGACAAGGAAUGUGUUGAUAUUAUCGUCUGCUAUAUUGUAGCUCUCAUUUUAGUGAUUUUCAGUCGAUUUAUCAAACAAGUUAUUCAAACAUCUGUACAAAAACAAGUCGUGUUUGUACGAACGCUUUACCGUCUGCACUUUAACAGGCGAGUUAGACUGGUGCCUGCGACAAGUUCCAUACGUUCUGCAGCCGGAACUAAUCAAGUAGUAAACACUGCCUUUAUCAGUCAAGCGGAAAAUAACCAGUCAAAACCAUCACUCGGGCAACCAGAUAAUAAAAAAAUAAAAAUAAACGCAACGUCUACCCGAAUACAAAAUAUAAACAGCCACAUUUUACCAACACCAGUCAAAUUCGAAAAUACACAGGACAAAGUUAAACAAACAUACACCCCAUCAGAAAAUAAACAGGGCAACAUUAGCCCAGCACCUAGCCAAACAGUAAAUAAACAGGGCAACAUUAGCUCAGCAUCUAACCAGUCAAAAAUUAUCCAUGGCAAUGUUAGAAAAACAGACACCCCAUCAGAAAAUAAACAGGGCAACAUUACACCAAAUACACAAUCAGAAAGAAAAAAGAGCAACAUGCCUGGAGGAAAUCGAAAGCUUGAAAAUACGAAAGAAACAUCAACAUCUCCUGGAGACAACAUUAGUCAAAAACAUUCCAGCUUAGUCGUCAAUGAAACAGACAAAGAUAGCCCUAACUUGAAAUCAGACACGUCAGUCGACACAAUGAUUCCCCAUACCCAAGUCAACAUAGUCAUACAGAGUACGCCUGACUUAACCAAUAACGUUCAAAUCACCCCAGGCGAUCCACUGGCUUCACUUUUAGAUAGUGUUGGCUUGAAACUAGCACAAGCCGAGAACGAUAUAUCGGAAAAUGUAAGCUCCAGGGAACAAAAGGACAAAACAAAUGAAAAUGAAACACACGAGGAACAAGAGACUUCAUAUAGUUAUGGAAAUGAACAAAGCAACGAGCAUGAGCACAUAAGCGAGUUUCCUGAUUGCAAAAUAAAUCUUCUAAAAUUUACACAUGACUAUGCUAUGUUUUAUCUGUACAAGUUUCUCAACUACAGAUAUGAAGCGUUUGUGCAAAGUGGUCGUAAUGAGAUAUUUCGAUAUGUCUACAUCACUACUGGCUGGAUGAUGGGCUAUACUAGCAUCAGGUCUAAAGCUGACAGAUACCUAAAACAUGCAGGAUAUAAAAACAGCAUGAUGUGGAUGGUUAAAAAGGUGCGCGUAGACCUGAGUACAAAAGGUGAGGUAGAAGAAGAUGUUUUCACUGACAGCGAUGAUGAGACAACACACCAAAGUGGUCAAAACAUGCGCACUGUGAGGGCACCGAAACGUAUUUGUAAAACAAUAGACUUACGGGGUAAGAAUUUGGAAGAAGUGGAAAAGAUUUUAAAGCAAUGUGUCUCUAAUUUUAAGCAUGGCAACAGCAAUGCAAAAGAUUCAACUAACUUAGUUCUUCAUAUUAACAUUAUUAUUGAUAAUAACGAUGAAGAAAAUCUCAAACACUUGAUAGAGAGCUACUUAAGAAAGUCUGGUGAUUCGUUUAGUUACAAACUCCUUAAAGUAAGCAUAAGUGGAAAACAAGAUCCGGGGGAAAAGCCAGACUUAACUUCAGGUCAAGACAAAUUCAAGCCGACUCGCUCUCAUGGUGGUUGGCCGAAAAAGGGAGAAUAUUUUAAGGAACCGGAGGAUAAAUCACUGGACGUUAGAAGAUCACCAUUUGAUGAAGCUAUGAAUAGAGUUGUACAUUUUACAGACCGUAUGUCAAAGUUGUACUGGCGAACAGAGAAAGAAAAAGACAGGUUUAUCUACAUAAUUACUGGUUAUGGGAAACAUAAUAAUAGAAUAAAAGGUGGCAUUGCUCACUAUUUCAAAGUUAAUGCUUUUGGAAACAGAUACGUAUGGAUAAAUGUUGGACUUGUCAUGCUUGAUUUGAAAGAUGACAUAGGCAGCAAUAAAGAUGAUUCUGAUAACCUGAAGACGCGCCACUUUGUUUUCAAAGAAAGUGAAAGCAAGGGGAGAACAGUCGACAUAAGAGGUAAAACACGGCCUGAAGCGAUGGAUAUUUUCAGAACAUUUCUUGAUUCGCAUCUUGAGACUUAUCGUAAUGCUGACAUAAAGAAUAAGAAAGCGAACAGGUAUGUUUAUGUUAUCUCAGGAUACAAAGCCAGCAACCCUGAUAUAGGCCCAGUUCUAAAACCGGCAGUUCAAGACUAUCUGGAUACAAAUGGAUACAAGUCCAGACACAAGUGGUUCAAUAGCGGUGGACUUGUUAUGAUAGACUUGGAGGAGGAUGAUGAUGUGGAUGAUGUUACUAGUGAGGAUGAUGAUGAUGAUGAUGAUGUUUCCAGUGAGGAGAAUGGUGAUGUUACUAGUGAUGAUGAUGUUUCUAGUGAGAAGGAUGAUGACUUUUGAGAGAAGCGUCACAAAUCCAGAUAUCUGAUGAUAAUAGUAGUGAGGACAGUCUGGACGAUAUAUUAGAUGAUAGAAAAUAUUAUUAAAGCGACAGUAGUAUUAUUAUCGCCGGCAUGUUAAGGAUCAUCUAUUAAAAAAAACACGACAUUAAUCAUUAUAUAUGGUGUAGGAUCAAUUAGUCAACAAAAUUCAGAAUAUACUUUUGGAUUAGCUAGAGAAAGUAAAUAAUAAUUGCAAAACCUGCUAAGUUAUUUAUGAAUGAUUUUAAGGAAAUCGACUUAAAAAUGUUUUGUUGUUAACUAACCUUAUGAUUUUUUAUAUUUUACUGUUAAGAAAUUUAUUUUAUAUUAUACCUUUUAGAACACAAAUAUGUACAUUGCUUUAACUGCUACUUAAUUAAGAAGACUAUAAUAAUAACCAUUUUUUUUUCUUUAAAAAGUGGACUUGGCAGGUUUUGAA